UCACUGUGUUGAUUUAUUGACCUGAUAUGUUCCUCCAUAGCAAGUUUCAGCUGGUUAUUUUCAAGAAAUAACUCAUUGGACCACAUUCUUGGGGUUAUCUUGCUCCUAUUACCCCCAUCUCUCAUUGUCAGCUCCUUAACCACCGACAAGAUGAAGAUGGUCCCCCUUGUCCCAUUGAUCCAGGCUGUAGAGGCUUUUUUUUUUUUUGGCAUUAUAAGUAUUCAUUUUCGCAACGACUGUUAUUCGACUAGAUCUAUGGCUGUUUCUUGUUUUCCAAACCGAACAUUUGUUCUUUUUGUCAUUUCAUCUUGCUUUCCUUUCCGCCCUAGAUUUUGGUGUCUUGUUUUUAGGCAAAGCAGCACAGAAAGAAUGGACUGGGGCCCCUUGACAUCUCACUGGAGUGAUGAGCAAGUCAUGGCUUGUGGAUGAUUGCCCUUAUUGCAGCCAUUGAUCCCACCCUCUAAAGCCAUCAAUGGAGUGAGCUUCUUCCUCUCCUCAGACACAACCUUGUAAGUAGCAGAUGCUUGCAAGCAAAAAGGUAGUUACCAUGCCACACACAAGAAAAUAUGCCAGUCCACCAUACUACCACUCAAGUUUAAAAAAAAAAGAAGCGAAAUUCCAUAGCAAGGCAAGGCAAGGCAAGGCAAGGCAAGGGUUGUCCAACUACUUAGAGACAAAGUUGGCACCCACUUGGUUUGAACUUUAGGGUUCAUCAGUAUUGCCUAUGGACUUCCCAUACACAAUCUCUUGGUCUGGCUGUGCUCAAAAAGAAAAUAAUAAUUGCUCUUUCACUCCUUGUCCAUCAUUGCUUCUCUGUGAACCAAGGAAUACUACAUUCUUGUGGAAUGCACUUUGCAAUAUUUCACACACCACGAUACCACAUGCUCUACUUCCUGUUAAUGUUUUGGGUGUUCCCUGAACAAUUAUUCAACAUAUACUUGAUGCUCUUUCUUUUUUCUUUGUGAAAUGCAAGAGAGAAGAAGCCUUCAGAGUUUUGAUGCCUAUAAUCAUUGAACCUAUUUGCAAGCCAGCUAAGACCUUGUAAAGUUCUAUGGAAGAGGCAUGAUUUCUCAUGAAAAGGUAUGGUUCAUGAUUAGCAGAGAGAUUACAACUUUUGACUUUGUUAUUGGAUUUAAUAACACUUAGUUACCUUUUUGAGAAACAAAAGAUGACAAAAACCAUGCUUGCUAAAUACUGACAGAGUUUGAACUUUGAAAGUGUCAGAUAUUAUGAUAAAUUCUUAAGGCGAAAUGAAGCUUUACCAAUAUGUUAAAGUUCAUAAUCUAAUCUCAUGUUGAUGCUGCUGAAGCAGAUCAAAUGUUUGCCAUUUGUUGAGGAUUGAAACGUUGCAGGCAGCAAAAGUAAAAAACUUUACCCUAUUGUAAAUAGUUCGCUGUCCUGGUCAGAAACAGAUACUGUCUCCCUUCCCAACACACGCUGAGAAACCCAAAGUUUCAGAUAGGAAGACAGACCCACCGGCUCUCUCCCAUCCGAAUACCAUCUCUAUCUCUUCUCCACCAUUGAUUGAACCCGUAACAAAUCACUCACGCACCCUCUCUCUCUCCUUCUCCUCUUUAAAAAUCCCUCUUUUGUUUAUCAGUCUACCGACACCGCCCCAUUCCGCUUCCUUAUUGACAGAAAAAAUGAAGGAACUGUGCGUUUCUGCUUCGCCGGCGAGGGGCCCGAGCGCGUCUGCCAGCUGCCGCCAUGAGUGAGCUCAAAGGCGGCUCCUUUUUCUGCUGCGGACGCCUUCUGUUUUCCCUCUCGGCCUUUCGGGUUUUCCGAUGAACACCUCGGCGGCGGGGUUCGGCGUGCGGCCGCCCUUCACGGCGGCGCAGUGGCAGGAGCUGGAGCACCAGGCGUUGAUCUACAAGUAUCUGACGGCUGGAGUGCCUGUGCCGCCGGAGCUCUUGAUUCCCAUCCGGAGGAGCUUCGAAGCUCUACCUGGUCGAUACUGGCACCAUCCUGCGCUAGCUUACUGUUCCUACUACGGGAAGAAGCUGGAUCCUGAACCAGGGCGGUGCCGACGGACCGAUGGGAAAAAGUGGCGCUGCUCCAAGGACGCCCACCCCGACUCCAAAUAUUGUGAGCGUCACAUGCAUCGCGGCCGCAACCGUUCAAGAAAGCCUGUGGAAUCACAAUCUGCCUCUCAGUUGCAGUCAUCUGCGGCAUCUGUCACUCCUGCGAGCAGCAGCGGUGCUGGUGGUAGUGGUGGGGGAAACUUGCAGAGCAUUAAUCCCCAGCAUUCUGUUGCAAGUCAUGUCAAUGCGCAAAAUCUGUGCCUUGGUGGCUCCAGCUCGACUCAGCUGUCCAUGGACACUGGCCCUCUUGCUCCCAGGUACUUCUCUGGUGUUAAACCUGGGGUGGAUGAACAUACUUUCUUCGUAGAAACUACUGGAAAUUCAAGGAGUCUCGUUCUGGAUGCAGUCGACAGUUCUUGGUGCUUGACGACAUCGCGAGUUUCUUCAUUUCCCCUGUCAAAGGCUAGAGAUCCUUCUCUUCUCCAGAGCUCCUACCCUCAGCUUCAGUCACUUCAAGAUCUUGGUCAGGUGACAGGUAGUUCGACCUCAAGACAGCAGCAGCACUCUUUCAUGGGCAGCGAGUUUGGUUCACCAGAGCCUGCAAAGCACGAAAGCCAAUUCCUCCGACCGUUCUUCGACGAGUGGCCCAAAGCAAGAGACUCUUGGUCUGACAUCGAAGAAGAUAGAUCCAACCGGGCAUCCUUCUCCACGACUCAACUCUCGAUGUCCUUCCCCAUGGCCUCCUCCUCGGAUUUCUCUACUACCUCUUCCAGGUCACCUAAUGGUGAGUCCAUUCCUGAGAUUGUGACCAGUGAUCCUUGUCAUGGUAUUUGAAACUUCUGACUCUCGAACUCGCAGAUGACUGAAACUGAAGGAAAAGGUUGUAACCUAGAAGAGCUCAGUGGCUGUCCUUGCCUUGUGAGGUUCUCCAUUGGAGCAUCAUGCCCUUGUUUUCUAUGGCGGAUCAAAACAUUUCAGUAAUCUGCAUUUCUUAUUUUCAUGAACCGAAGUAAAUUUCUUUAGCUGUCUUGUUAAUCUGUCUCUCAGUAAAUCUGAUGUGUCCUGUGAUUCAAAACAAAGCCAGGAUUAAUCUA